CCGGAGCUGGACGUAGACCCCCGGAAGCCAGCCGCUGGUGGCGCGAGCCUGACGCAAGCCGGGCGCUCUGGCGGGGACGGCGAGGCCCCCUCUCUAUGGUCGCCGGGACGAUGCUGUGGCGGCUGCUGUGGAGCCUCGGCCGGGGAGUGAGGCUCCCCGGAGGAGGAGGAGGAGGAGGCGGCACAGUCGCCCUCUGCCGCCACCGGCCUGUGGGCCCGGCCCGGCCCUGUGACGGAGACCCCUCGCCGACCGAGGACAGCCGGCAUGGUAGGCACCAGCAGCACAGAAGUUGUGGAUGUGGGAACCUCUUGCAUCACUGCACAUCCUUCACCUUGAGUGCAUUGGCUGUUCUUGCUGUGGAGUUGGUGAAGCAUGUUCGAAGGCUGAGCUCUGUGCAACCAGGUGGAGGAGAUGUUGGGUUUUACCAAUUGGAGGGUCAUCUUGCUGUUUUGCCCCAAAGUCAACAUUCAGUCCCUCCCACAGCCCCUUCUGCUUGCUCCAGUGAGAAAGAGGAACAACAUUUCUUCGUGGGAGACGACUCCAGCUAUGCACCAAAGAAUCCAUCUAGCAAAACUUCAAAGCCAAAACAAUAUCAACAUGUUUCAGAAACAGGGGACAUCCUCUUCCUAUCCAGCACAGGUUCUGAACCAGACUCGUGCCUAUUACGCUUGCAGGGUAAUCUGGAAGAGGAGUCAUCUGUUGGUGAAGCUGCUUCUCAAGUGCACCAGGUGUUUCAAGCCAGCAUUUCCGUGGCAUCAAACAUCCUUGGGCUUGAGAACAUGCAUGACAAGCAGUGGAAAACGGCCUUUUCCUGCUUCAAGCUGGCUGCAGAUCAGAACCACAGCAAAGCCCAGUUUAAUGUGGGAUUGUGCUACGAACACGGAAGAGGCACCAAGAAGAACGUGGCCAAGGCAGUCUUCUACUACCAGCGGGCUGCUCGCCAGGGACACCCCAUGGCCCAGCACUGCUACACUCAGUGUCUCCUCCGCCACUGCCCAAGAGCAGACAAGAAGGAAAAUGUGCAGGAAGCCAUGGGUUUGUUGGACGAAGGCGCUGCUGCUGGGCUGACAGAGGAUUCCUCAAGCAGCUUUCAUUUGUGUGUUUGCUAUGAAAAGGGCACUGGAGUCUCCCAGAACUCACCGACAGCAAGACAGCGGUACCAGGAAGCAGCAGCUGCCGGCUCCAAGGCUGCACAGGAGAGAAUCAAAGUAAUGGCACAGGAAGAGAUAGCAGCUACACAGAUCCGGGACCAGUCACCACUGGCAACAAAAACCUCUUCAUCCAGCCCUUGUCUUCAGCUCCUGGAUCAGCUGCCGGCUUCUCACUUUGGACAGCCAGCUUUUGGCCUGCUUCACUCCUGGAGCACAGGAAGCCUUAGGGAUGCGGCAAAUAGCUCUGCAAACUGCAUGCCUGCCACAGCUUUCCCAGAUAACCUCAAGCUACAGUCCUUAGCGUGGUCUUCAGGAGUAGCAGUUGGAUAACAUGGCUAAGGAGAAACUUUCUGCUUUAGAUGGUGGCUGUGUUACUGGCUGCCACAGUGAUCCUUUUAAGAGGCAAAUCACAUGGGCAUAGCUGGCACCUGUUUCCGUCUCUUCCUAAAUGUAUAACUUCUUAUUUGACAGUUUGCCCGUAGCAUAAAGAAUGAUACAGUGGAGGCUAUCCAUCUAGGCAGCAUCUGAUUGUGAAUGGAGUCAGGAUACAGGGCUCCUUCUGAGUGACCCUUGCACCAUGGAAGCAAAUGUUGCAUCCGCAAAAUGAACACGGGGAGCCUAUAGACUGCAGUUUUGAGGGCCAAGUCUUGAAGCACUUGGUGCUGAAGUUAAGCAGAUGUGGACUUGCACAUCCCAUGUAAAAAGGGGAUACAAUCAUAAAUGGUUUCUGAAAAUCAGACAAGCGAUUUCACACUGUAGUCAGAAAUUGGGGAAGGAGUCUGCCCUAGUCUUCUUUCUCUAAAAGAUUUGAGCUUACUGAAUUUGUUAAUUGCACAAGGAAUUCUGCUGAUUCUCCCCUGCAUUUCAGAAAGGAAAGGAGAUUUUUAGCCACGUUUCAGAAUCUUAAGGGAGCGAAAGGACCUUCUCUCUAAUGGGAAGGAAAUUUUAAUGCAAUAGAAUAAAAACAGGAAGUGGAGUUUGGGAGGUAGACUGAAUAAUUCAAAGAACAGAAUUUGGUUCCUGAGAGUUUUAUUUUUAUUAUAAAUAAAUAACGGACUCAA